AUGGCUCUCAACGAUUUCUUGGCCGACGAGACCACCGGCAAGACUUCGUGGGCAGACGAGAUGGACGACCUUCCCAUCUCCUCUGCCCCUCGCGACUCCAGCUACCGUCGCGGCGGCGACUUCCUCUCCAGCGUCCCCGACCGCGUGGACCGUGAUCGAGCUUACGCCGCAGACCGUGGCUUCGACCGUCCCGAGCGCAGCUACCCUCCUCGCGAGGAACUUCCUCUCCCCGACAAGCCUCCCUUCACCGCCUUCGUCGGCAACCUCUCCUUCGACGUCAUGGAGGCCGACGUCGAGGACUUCUUCGCUCCUUCAAAGACCGUCAGCGUCCGCAUCGUCACCGGUCACGAUGGCAAGCCCAAGGGUUUCGGAUACGUCGAGUUCCAGUCCCAGGACGACCUCAGAGCCGCUCUCGACAGAAGCGGCGCUCAAAUCGCCGGCAGGACCGUUCGCAUCAGCGUCGCAGAGCCCCCCAAGAGCGCUUUCGGCGGUGACCGCUCCUUCCAGGCCAGCCAGGCAGACGAUGCCUCCCAGUGGCGCCGCGCUGGUCCCCUGCCCCCCUCAGAGCCUCGCGGUGGCUUUGCUCCUCGUCCCGAGCGAUCCGGUGUGCCCCGCACCGAAGGCUCUGGCUUCGACAACAUGGACGUCAGCGCAGGUGUCCGAAGCGGUUUCGGCGCAAAGUUCCAGUCCGCCCCUCCUUCCGCCCGCCCUCCACGCGAUCUUGCUCCCGUCGAGCCCAGCCAGGGCGACCUCGCCAGCCAGUGGAGGACCGGCAAGCCUGUCGAGGGCCGAUCUCCUGCCAGCUCGCGUCGCCCUUCCGGCAUGGCCGACUCGGACUCGCGCCGAUCUUCCUUCCGUCAGCGCAACGACGCCAACGACGUCGACGACCGCUUCGCUUCCCAAGAACGAAUGGGCUUUGGCUCCAAGUUCACCCCGGACCAGACUCCCCCCGAGAGCCCCGCCAAUGCCAAGAAGGGCUUUGGCUUUGGUGCCGCAGAACGACGCACCGGCGCCCAAUCCGGUUCUGCUCCUGGCGCCGCUUCAGACUCCACCGAAAACUGGCGCACUGCCAAGAAGCCCAGCUCUGGCUCCUCCAGCCCCGCUCCUUCGGCUGCCGCUCCUGCAGAGCGCAAGAAGCUCGAUCUGAAACCCCGCUCCGCUGAGAGCGCCGCCACUGCCGCCGCUUCCACUAACAGCUCCAAGCCGAGCCCAUUCGGCAACGCCAAGCCCAUCGACGCAUCCGAGCGCGAAAGGCAAAUCGAAGAGAAGCUUUCACAGCGCGAAAAGGAGAGGCAAGAGGAACUCAAGGCCAAGAAGGAGAAGGCAAAGGCUGAAAAGGAGGCAAAGGAAAAGGCUACUGCCGCCACUGCCACCGACAGCUCAAAGCCUGAGGCUGCAGAGGCUGCUUCGCCAGCUGCAGCGUCGACUUCUCCUGCAGCUGCAAAGGCACCCCGUGCCGCGGCACCCACCGGCGCCUGGGGUGGAGGACGCAAGCCCUCUGGUGCGCUCGUUGGCGGUGAGCAGGACGAAGCUGAUGCAUCGGAUGCCAACGGCCAGGAGACCACCGAAGCUCAGGUAGACGAGGUGGCUGAAAAGGUCCAGGAGACCAAGCUUGAGGCUUGA